AUGCAACAACUAGACGCAAUGAAUGAUAAGAUUCGUGAUUACCUGAAAUAUGCAUGUGAUUAUAUCAUAGGUGCCUAUGACAUGGAAUGUACGUAUGUAUCUCCUUCCAACCAAACAGUGUUCUCUGUAAACAAUGAAAGGAUACUGCAGGUCGAUCUGAUGUCUUGUCCACAUACAUUGGUUGUAAUCGCAUAUACGAAAAGGGAUGCAUAUUCUUACUGUUCUUAUUAUUACAGAAAGGAUGCAUAUGUAAAUGCUUACGAAAGUUUGGUAUAUCCUGUUGGAAAUUCAGACGAAUGGAGAGUGCUCGAUGAAGUAGAAUUCCAAAUUAUUUUAGCUUCUAACCAGAAGCGGAGUUCUGGAAGACCUACUGAGAAGAGGAAGAGAUCAUCUUGGAAGGGAAACCAAAAGUAA